ACUCAUGAUCGAUUGUUCCUCUUCCAUAUUCCACAAUGUGUCGCAUUUUCAAGUCCAUAGAUAACGAUAAAGUAGAUACAAAGGUAAAACCAUUUAGCCAUUCAAUUUAAACGUUGAAACAUUCUAAAUAUUAGCUAUGACGAAAGCUGUUUUUGAAAAUAACAUCUUCAAACUCCUUCAACGAAAAAAUUAAUAAAAGUUGAAACAUCCAUGAGCGAUGUCGCUGUGCACAUGACAUUUUACAUUCUUCCCCGUCUAUCAAAAUUUAAUCAGUCUUAAAGGAGCAAGUAGUUUUCAAAAAUUUUGUAGUUUGAUCAAAUAAGUCAAUUAAUAAUAACGCCAAGCAAGUGUCAUGAAACUUCAGAAUGUUAUUUUCAAAAUAGCGAAUGCCAGUAUUGCUGGAGUGAUCGGUAUAACGCUUGUAUUCCCGCUGGAUCUGGUCAAAACCCGUCUUCAAACUCAGCAACCUCAGCCCAAUGGCCAGUUGCAGUAUACGUCGAUGUUUGACUGUUUCCGGAAAACCUACAGACAAGAAGGCUUUUCCGGAAUGUACAAAGGCUCGGGGGUGGUAAUCGUGCUUUUGAUGCCUGAAAAAGCGAUCAAAUUGGUAGGGAACGAUUUCUUACGUGACCAGCUACGAACUGCUAAUGGAGAACUGUCGUUAUUUCGACAAGUGCUUGCCGGAAUGUUAACAGGAGUCAUACAAUGCAUCGUUACCACCCCCUUAGAACUCAUGAAGAUUCAAUUGCAAAACGCUGGUAGAGUGGCAGCAGCCCUUGGUAAACCUAGAAAGACUACUUCCGAAGUUAUCAAAGGGAUCCUACUAAAUUAUGGUGUUUUUGGCAUGUACAAAGGCAUCGGUCCCACAAUUUUACGCGACUCCGUAUUCUCCGCACUUUACUUCCCUUUAUUUGCAUUCCUAAACAGUGCAGGACCCAGAAGAAAAGAUGGCUCCGGCGAGGCGGCAUCCUGGGUCUCUUUUGCAUCGGGAUGUUCGUCAGCCUGCGUUUCUGCUUGGUUAGUUACCCCGAUAGACGUUAUCAAAACGCGAUUGCAAAAUCUAGAGAAGGUAAAGGGAGAAACACGGUACAAUGGUAUUGCCGAUGCUUUUGUAAAGACUCUAAGGCAAGAGGGAGUCAAAGCUCUGUUUAGAGGGGGAGCUUGUAGGGUGAUGGUGAUUGCACCACUGUUUGGUAUCGUACAGGUGGUUUACUUGCUUGGCAUUGCCGAGAGAAUUAUCGGUGUAGAUUACCACCGCACUGGAUAGCAAUACUUUUGAUGUUUAGAAAUUACUGUAUAAAUUUAGAUUAGUUUUGUAUAAAAUGCAUUAUAUGUUUAUAUUGUAAGAAUUAAUGAAUUAAGGAGUUUAAACUUAUUGCGUAUAAACAUUGUAUAUUUAAA